AUGGCUCCUCCAAGUGAAGAGACGCCCCUGAUCUCUCAGCGCUCCUGCAGCCUUUCAUCCUCGGAGGCUGGCGCCCUGCAUGUGCUGCUGCCUCCUCGGGGCCCUGGGCCCCCCCAGCGCCUAUCUUUCUCUUUUGGGGACCACUCGGCAGAGGAACUGUGUGUGCGGGCUGCCAAGGCCAGCAGCAUCCUGCCCGUCUACCAUUCCCUCUUUGCUCUGGCUGCGGAGGACCUGUCCUGCUGGUUUCCCCCGAGCCACAUCUUCUCCGUGGAGGACGUGGGCACCCAAGUCCUGGUGUACAGGCUCCGGUUUUACUUCCCCAACUGGUUGGGGCUGGAGAAAUGCCACCGCUUCGGGCUCCGCAAGGAUCUGGCCAGCUCCAUCCUUGACUUGUCAGUCCUGGAGCACCUCUUUGCCCAGCACCGCAGCGACCUGGUGAGCGGGCGGCUCCCCGUGGGCCUCAGCCUCAAGGAGCAGGGUGAGUGUCUCAGCCUGGCGGUUCUGGACUUGGCCCGGAUGGCCCGUGAGCAGGCCCAGCGGCCCGCGGAGCUGCUGAAGACUGUCAGUUACAAGGCCUGCCUGCCCCCCGGCCUGCGCGACUUGAUCCAGGGCCUGAGCUUCGUGACGCGCAGGCGUAUCCGAAGGACAGUGAGCCGCGCCCUGCGCCGCGUGGCCUCCUGCCAGGCCGACCGGCACUCGCUCAUGGCCAAGUACAUCAUGGACCUGGAGCGGCUGGAUCCGGCUGGGGCCGCUGAGACCUUCCGCGUAGGCCUGCCAGGGGCUGCUGGUGGCCAGGACCGGCCGGGGUUGCUCCGCGUGGCUGGUGACAGCGGAAUCGCCUGGAGCCCGGGAGGACAGGAGAUCCUCCAGCCCUUCUGCGACUUUCCAGAAAUCGUGGACAUCAGCAUCAAGCAGGCCCCGCGCGUUGGCCCGGCUGGGGAGCACCGGCUGGUCACUGUCACCAGGACAGACAACCAGAUCCUGGAGGCCGAGUUCCCUGGGCUGCCCGAAGCGCUGUCCUUCGUGGCGCUCGUGGACGGCUACUUCCGGCUGACCACCGACUCUCAGCACUACUUUUGCAAGGAGGUGGCGCCGCCGCGGCUGCUGGAGGAGGUGGCCGAGCAGUGCCAUGGCCCCAUCACACUGGACUUUGCCAUCGACAAGCUUAAGACUGGGGGCUCACUUCCUGGCUCCUACGUUCUCCGCCGCAGCCCCCAGGACUUCGACAGCUUCCUUCUCACUGUCUGUGUCCAGACCUCCCUUGGCCCUGAUUACAAGGGCUGCCUCAUUCGGCGUGACCCCACGGGAGGCUUCUCCCUGGUUGGCCUCAGCCGGCCCCACAGUAGUCUUCGAGAGCUCCUGGCAGCCUGCUGGGAUGGUGGGCUGCACAUAGAUGGGGUCACACUGAACCUCACCUCCUGCUGCACCCCCAGACCUAAAGAAAUGUCCAAUCUGCUUGUGGUCCGGAGGGGUUGCAGCCCAUCCACGUCAUCUCCUGUUCAGCCCCAGUCUCAAUGCCAGCUGAGUCAGAUGACGUUCCAUAAGAUCCCCGCUGACAGCCUGGAGUGGCAUGAGAAUCUGGGCCAUGGGUCCUUCACCAAGAUUUACCGGGGCUGUCGCCACGAAGCUGUGGAUGGAGAGGCCCGCAAGACCGAGGUGCUGCUGAAGGUUAUGGACGCCACACACAAAAACUGCACAGAGUCGUUCCUGGAAGCAGCGAGUUUGAUGAGCCAAGUUUCGUACCAGCAUCUCGUGUUGCUCCAUGGCGUGUGCAUGGCCGGAGACAGCACCAUGGUGCAGGAAUUUGUACACCUGGGAGCAAUAGACACAUAUCUGCGCAAGCGUGGCCACCUGGUGCCAGCCAGCUGGAAGCUGCAGGUGGUCAAACAGCUGGCCUAUGCCCUCAACUAUCUGGAGGACAAAGGCCUCCCCCAUGGCAAUGUCUCAGCUCGGAAGGUGCUCCUGGCUCGGGAGGGGGCUGAUGGGAGCCCACCCUUUAUCAAGCUGAGUGACCCUGGGGUCAGCCCUACUGUGCUGAGCUUGGAGAUGCUCACCGACAGGAUCCCCUGGGUGGCCCCUGAGUGUCUUCAGGAGGCCCAGAUGCUUGGCUUGGAAGCUGACAAGUGGGGCUUUGGUGCCACGGUCUGGGAGGUGUUCAGCGGAGUCACCAUGCCCAUCAGCACCCUGGAUCCCGCCAAGAAACUCCAGUUUUACGAGAAACGGCAGCAGCUGCCAGCCCCCAAGUGGACAGAGCUGGCCUUGCUGAUCCAACAGUGCAUGGCCUAUGAGCCGGGCCAGAGGCCAUCCUUCCGAGCUGUCAUCCGGGACCUCAACAGCCUCAUCACGUCAGAUUAUGAGCUCCUUUCCGACCCCUCGCCGGGUGCCCUGGCACCCCGUGACGGCCUGUGGAAUGGCGCACAGCUCUAUGCCUGCCAGGACCCCACGAUCUUCGAGGAGAGACACCUCAAGUACAUCUCGCAGCUGGGCAAGGGCAACUUUGGCAGUGUGGAGCUGUGCCGGUAUGACCCACUGGGCGACAACACAGGCGCUCUGGUGGCCGUGAAGCAGCUGCAGCACAGCGGGCCAGACCAGCAGAGAGACUUCCAGAGGGAAAUCCAGAUCCUCAAAGCGCUGCACAGUGACUUUAUCGUCAAGUACCGCGGUGUCAGCUACGGCCCGGGCCGUCAGAGCCUGCGGCUUGUCAUGGAGUACCUGCCCAGCGGGUGCCUGCGCGACUUCCUGCAGCGGCAUCGCGCGCGCCUCGACGCCAGCCGCCUCCUGCUUUACGCCUCUCAGAUUUGCAAGGGCAUGGAGUACCUGGGCUCCCGCCGCUGCGUGCACCGCGACCUGGCCGCCCGGAACAUCCUCGUGGAGAAUGAGGCGCAUGUCAAGAUCGCCGACUUUGGCCUAGCCAAGCUGCUGCCCCUGGACAAAGACUACUACGUGGUCCGCGAGCCGGGCCAGAGCCCCAUCUUCUGGUACGCCCCCGAGUCCCUGUCAGACAACAUCUUCUCGCGCCAGUCAGAUGUCUGGAGCUUCGGGGUCGUCCUGUACGAGCUCUUCACCUACAGCGACAAAAGCUGCAGCCCCUCGGCCGAGUUCUUGCGGAUGAUGGGAUGCGAGCGAGACGCCCCCGCCCUCUGCCGCCUCCUGGAGCUGUUGGCCGAGGGCCAGAGGCUGCCGGCACCUCCUGCCUGCCCCGGUGAGGUUCACGAGCUCAUGAAGCUGUGCUGGGCCCCUAACCCACAGGACCGGCCAUCAUUCAGCACCUUGGGCCCUCAGCUGGAUGCACUGUGGAGUGGGAGCCAGGGGUAG